AUGAACGCCAAGUUGGCCUUGGCCAUCAAGUCGGGUAAAUACACCCUUGGAUACAAGUCCGUUGUCAAGUCUCUCAGACAAGGCAAGGCCAAGUUGAUCAUCAUCGCUGGUAACACCCCUGUCCUCAGAAAGUCUGAGUUGGAGUACUACGCUAUGUUGUCCAAGACCGCUAUUUACUACUUCCAAGGUGGUAACAACGAGCUUGGUACUUCUUGUGGUAAACUUUUCAGAGUCGGAACCCUGGCUAUCCUUGAUGCUGGUGACUCCGACAUCCUUUCUGCUGUCCAGAACUAA